CUUAAAUACUAUUUAUGCAAUCUAAGAAAUCGAAUAAAUCGAAUAAAUCCUUGCCUCUCAAAAAAGAUUUUAUAAAAAACAAGUGGAAUUUUUAAGUUUAAGUUCAAUCACUAAAAAAAGAAGGUAAAGUAGAAGAAGCUAUAGAUUUUUUAUGUUCAAUAUUAAGUACUUAAAUAUCUAACAUAAUUAUUUACCAAAACUUGGGUAAAAUUAUUUCAAUAUUUAGCAACCCUACUAGAAUAAAAGGAUGGAUUAUAGGAAGUCAUCGAUUUAUGGAAUUUUGGAAUAAAUAACAAUCCUAAAAAGAUUUCUUUUUAUAUAGAAAAAAGUGAUUUUCUCUUUUUCUUAUGAUUAGGUUAAUGCUUAGAAAGAACAAAUAAAUUAGAAGAAGCAAUCAAUUGUUGGGAUCAAGGGAUUUAAUCAAAUAAAAAUAAAUAUGAAUUUUACAAGAAAAAAGGUAAUAAUAUAUUAUAAUUAUUAGCAAUACUUUUAGAAAAGUAUGAUAAAUUUAGAGAAUUACUCAAUAACUGGAAUGAUGCAAUUUAAAAUGAUUCUAAAUAAAAAGUUUAUUACUAAGAAAAAGGUACUGUUAUUUGUUUAUAAAAUAUUUUAGCAAAUGUCUUAGAAAGUUAAGUUUAGUAAGAAGAAAUUGUUUAAUAUUGGGAGGAUUUGAUAAAUCUAAAUUAAAAUGAUAUUUAUUUCUAUUUAUAAAAAGGUAUACUUCUUUGAAUUAUUUUUAGCUAAGCUUUUAGAAAGAUUAGGUAAAUUUGAGGAAGUUAUAAAAUGUUGGGAUUAAGGAAUUGAAAAAAAUUUAUCUAAUCUUAACUUCUAUUUAUAUAAAAGUAUGAAAAAUUCAUAUUUAGCUUCUGCAUUA